AAAGAUUCCCUUGCAUUUGGGCCUUUAUAGAAAUUAGGAUCCAAAAAAGAAGUCAUUCCAUCAAACCCUUUUUUGCUCAACUCCGAUCACUUUCUCCGAUCUAAUCGCCCAAUAAUGUUGCGACACGCGUCCCGAUGUCUAACCAGAGCCACCACCACAACUCUUCGGUGGCGCCGCCCAUUUUCAAGCGAUCUACAAUCGGAACACGUGGCAGAUCCAAACUUCGUUGAAGCAUGGAAGAAAGUAAUUCCAAAUGUUGAACCACCGAAAACUCCAUCAGCAUUCAUGGCUACUAGGCCCGCUACUCCUUCCUCCAUUCCAACUAAGCUUACUGUCAAUUUUGUUCUUCCUUACUCUUCCGAAUUGGCCGGUAAAGAGGUUGAUAUGGUUAUUAUCCCUGCAACUACAGGACAGAUGGGUGUUUUACCUGGACAUGUAGCGACAAUUGCUGAGCUGAAGCCUGGUGUCUUAUCAGUUCACGAGGGCAACGAUGUGACCAAGUACUUUGUGAGUGGCGGAUUUGCAUUUGUUCAUGCAAAUUCUUUUGCGGAUAUUAUCGCUAUUGAAGCUGUACCAGUUGACCGCAUUGAUCCGAACUUGGUUCAAAAGGGCCUCACUGAGUUCACUCAGAAGUUAAGCACUGCAUCAACCGAUGUAGAAAAAGCUGAAGCCCAGAUUGGAGUUGAUGUACACAGUGCCCUUAAUGCUGCUCUCACUGGUUAAACACGCAGCAAUACAAUCUUUGUCCUUGGUGAACUUUCUUUUUUCCGUUUUGUGUCUGAUUGAUACUUCUUCACCCUUUUGCAUAAGCUGAUGAUGAUGAUGAUUUCUAUUUCAAGUCGUGCAUAACUUGAAUAAAUGCUUGGGACAAGCUUUCCUUGCGGUUCUUUUUGCUGCUAUUUCAGGUGUAUGCUGAACUGCAAUAAUGAGAAAUAGAUUGUUCAAAAGGAAUUAUGCAAUA